ACCUUUGAUCUCACAAUUUUGCUCCUUUUAUUGUAGUGGGAUAUAAAACUGUAUUUACAAAGGAGAGAGAGAAGAAGAAGAAGAAGUUGGAACAAAAAUGUCACUGGAUUUGGCAUCUGAACGUGUUUAUUAUGUUCACUGCAACUUCUGCAACACCAUUUUAGCGGUUAGUGUUCCAUACAACAGUUUGUUCAAAAUGGUGACUGUUCGAUGUGGGCAUUGUGCCAAUCUGCUAUCUGUGAACAUGGGAACUUCCCUUCAAACGGUUCCCAUUCAAGAUGCUCAGUUCCAGAAACAGCAGACCAUAAGCACUGAUCAAGAUCAUCCAAGUAAGGACUGUGGGUCUUCUUCAAAAUGCAACAAGCAGUUUUCUGCAUUUGAAUCUGCAGAACCAGAAGCACCAAGAAUGCCUCCUAUUCGCCCCCCAGAGAAGAGACAACGUGUUCCUUCUGCGUAUAACAGGUUCAUUAAGGAAGAAAUCCAAAGGAUUAAGGCUAGUAAUCCAGAUAUCAGCCACAGGGAAGCUUUCAGCACUGCAGCAAAAAAUUGGGCACAUUUUCCACACAUUUACUUUGGGCUAAAAGUGGAUGGAAACAAGCAAGCAAAACUGCACCAGUCAUUUGCAGAUCAGGCUGCUCAAAACUCUAACCGCUACUACUGAAACUCAAUGUCAACUUAUGAGCAGAAGCAUGUCGUUACCGUCGCCCAUCAUCAAUAAUAUAUAUGCAUUAUGUAUUUUAAUUACAAAAGGAAGUGAGGUUUUGAUGAAACUCUCCUAAAAUAUACUACUAGGAAAGCCCUCCUGAAAAUAAUAAACAAAAGGCCUCACCUUGCUA